CCGGGGGUGGGGGUGAGACCUGUGCCUGAAGGUGCUCCGCAAAAGCUUGGGAAGAUGUAGGAUUAGUCCUCCCUGUUGGCGGCGCUGCCCUCCACUCUCACCCGCGCCUCCGGCCCCGCCUGCCCGCUGCGUCCCCAGGUGCUCUUCUGCCUGGACACUCCUCCCAGGUCCUCUUCUGAUUCAGACACCUCCAGCCCCAGGACUACUGUCCCAGGGCUGCCUGGCAUCAGGGGGUCUCCUUAGAGCCAGGGCUCUUCUGGCAGAGGCUGAGGCUCACCAGUGUCUUCUGGCCCCUCCAUGAGUGAGGCAAACCAAACCAUUGUGGGGGCCUCCGAGGUCCCCACGACAUCUACCUUGUCCCUUGGACUGGGCAACGGGAUCCGGGCAUGGCCUAUGCUGGUAGGGGUCGUCCUUGGGGCUGUGGUCCUCUCCCUCCUCAUCGCACUUGCUGCCAAAUGCCAUCUCUGCCGCAAAUACCGUGCCAGCUACCAGCACCGCCCACUGCCUGAAACAGGGAAGGGAGGUUGCCCCGAGGUGGGUGAAGAUGAGGAUGAUGAUGGCUUCAUUGAGGACAAUUACAUUCAGCCUGGGGUUGGUGGGCUGGAGACAGAAGCAAGCAGGGACCGCUUCUCCCUUUGAGUCUUCAUCUUUGGACUAUCCCACCCCCCAUCCCUAUGCUUGACAGCUUAAGAAGAACAGAUAUUUCAUGGGAACCACAAGCCUCAGGGACUUGGUAGUUAGGGCUUAAGGGCUGGUCAGGGGUGGACCAAUCCUCCCUUCCUCGUCUCUAGUCACCAAAGUGAUCAUGACCUUCUUUUACUCAAUAACUCUCAAUGGCUCCCUCCUGUUCUCAGAAUAAAGCUUACCAAGGGCCUGACUUUGAAAUCAUGCCGCUGUCAGCCUUUGGUUUCCCUUCUUGACUGUCCCUUCUUUACUUCCUGCUUAGCUAACUAUUUGUUAUUGCUCCUGCUCCUACCAUGCUGUUUCUCCCUGGACCUUUGCUCACACUCCUCUGUUGCCUCGAUUCCUUUCUCUUCUCCCAAGUCCUCUCUGAUAGUGAUGAAAAUCCCCGGCCAGUAGACUCCAGGCAGCCUGCCUGCCUGCCAGCAUUUCAGAUGUGACCUGAUGAUAACCUUUUAGCAGAGGAAAUUCAGUGUGCCAAAUGUCUUACUGAGAUUUUUUUCCUAUCAAUAAAGUGGUAAUCUAAAUAGUUCUAUUAUGUUUUUCACGGAUAUUAAUGCAUCUCUUUUCAUUUUAAAUAAAAAUAAAGUCUCUCA